AUGCUGAGUUGCAUCGCGCAGCCGUUUGAGGAUGCCAACAAAGCAGACCUCUUUGGUUUCUGUCCCGUGGUAGUUUUUCUGAACCUCUCUCAUGCUCGGGGGUCGCAGAACUUGAUUCUACCGGUGUUGGCGCUGUUCGGCGACGUUGCCUUCAGCUCGGCAAGAGCAAGGCUCCAACAGAAAGAGCACUGGUUCCCCUCCCUGGUGAUGUACGAGCUUGGCUGGAGGAAAACCGCGCUCCAUGCCUCUUUCCCACACAUCUUCCCGUACACCUUCUUCGAUGACAUGACAAGGAGAGAGAUCUACUUGAAUGCGGCAGCCGUAUAUGGCAUCUGGUUCGUCCUCUACAGCUCCUGGCUGCUGGCCGUCGGCCUACGAUGCCCCAAGUGGGGGUAUGACACGAUUUUCCACUGGGCCAUGCGUGGCCCUGGAGGCCACAUAGUGGCAAAGAUCCUGCGCAAGCCCCCGCAGGUGCACGGUGCCUUUGUCGAAUGCAACGAGUUCCCCAUCUCCUACGCUAUCGUCUACAUGGCCUUACACGCCACCUCUGUCCUGGUGAGCAUCCCGGUGUCUCUGCUGUGCUAUACUAGCCAGUGGAUACAUGUGCUAUUAUGUGGACUCAUUGUGCUCUCCACGGUCUACAACGCAUCUGCCCGCUACACGUACUACAUGGUUCACAGUUACACGGCGGCCUUGAAAAGAGAGCUGAAGAUCCCAAGGGAUCGGGGUGUCUCAGCACUCAUAGAGGAUCCGGAAUGUAGGAGCGAUGGAGAGCUUCGGCCGUUUCUACGACGUAUGAAAAGGUCUGGGAAGCUGGUCUUAACAGUCCCUGGACGUGUUCUUCAUGACGCUGUUGCUGCUGUUGGCUCCAUGGAUCUCGAUGGCUUCUCUGAACACAAUGACCCAGAGCUGGACUUCAAUGAGCGUAAACAGCCUCUUCUUCCGAUUUGCUUGGAGAAUGCCAGGAAUGCCUCAGGACUUUCCACGGCCAAUGAAGAGCAGCAGCCAGCCUCACCAAAUGCCACCGAGCAGAGUAGCCAACUCUUGAGGUGCUCCUCCAACCUCUCCGGCAUCUCCAGCAUCACCAGGACGGGGCCAGGCGUCCCAAACAGCGGUUGCACUUCUCCAGCCAUGCCCGCCACACCUGCCAACACCUGUUUCCGUGACAUGCACCUGCCUAAGGACCCUAUGAAUGGCAUGCUUUCUGCGCCAGCCCCAUAUGCUGAAUCGACAUGCCCAACAUAUUCGGCCACGUGCCCAGAGUGCUCUGGCGACUACCGCGAUGGUACUCCGACUGCCGCUAUUUCACUUUUUUUGAGUGGGCUGGUCUCCGUGACGCUCCUGCCUAGUGCGGCUGAGGGCUACGGCAAGCACGGCAAGCCGCAGUCUCCCAGCAUCUUCAAGCGAGAUUCGCGAGACUGGGCAUCCCUGGAGGCCAAGGCCAAGGCGGCCGAGGCGCAAGGCCAAGACGCCAUGGAGGAAGAGCAGCCUUUGGAGCACCAGGUUGGCAUCGCACUCAGAGCACCUUUUACGCUUGCAAUCUUUGCAGAGCUCAUCCAGGUGAUGUUGCAGAGCUUGCUGGACAUUCUGGCCAUGCUGGCCGUGAUCCGAAGCUCAAGACGUGCAUAUGCAAAGGCCGUGUACUGGUGCCUCGCUGAUCUUUUGAAAGGUAAGGCCCAUGAAAGCUGUAGUAGCGCAUCGGACGUGAAGACAGUAGCCUUCAACCUUGACUGCAUCCCUGAUGCUGAGGAGGUGGACAGCAUCAACUGGGUCUACCAUGUCCUCCCAGCAUUUCAAAAGGAGGGGGCCAUGUACUUGGAGCGCCGGAAGCUUGUUAGACUCAAGGAAGAGGCCAAAAAGCAGAAGACAACCUUGACCGUGGAAGACGCGAAGGCAUACUUUGAUGAGCACAACAUCAAGGUGCACAUCCCUCAGGGCAAGGACGUCGACAUCACGCCACUUGCAGGCUUCCACUUCCAGGGCUUCGCGAAGCGACUCAUCAGAUAUUGCACAAAGAAUUUUGAGAAGCCUACGCCCAUCCAAGCAUGCACGUGGCCCUUGAUCAUGCAGAAGAGUGAUGUCUGCGGCAUUGCAAAGACCGGCAGCGGGAAGACUCUGGCAUUCGCUCUUCCAUACCUCAGCAUGUCAAGGCUCGGCGAGCUGGAGGUCUUUGAGCAGCCCUGUGCGUGGCCGAGAUUUGUUGGCCUGGCACCAACAAGGGAGUUGGCCAUGCAGAUCGCAGAAGUCUGCAGUGACUUGGUGCAGGCCUUGACCGCUGGCGAGGAGGGCCUUUAUCCGGUGCAGUGCAUUUACGGCGGCGUGCCCAAACGAGAUCAGCGAGAGGCCAUUCGAGAAAGAGGCGUUGACAUGGCCAUUUGCACCCCCGGACGCCUCCAGGACUUGGUCGAGGAGCAGACCUUGGAUUUGGGUUCUGUGCAAUACCUCGUACUUGAUGAGGCAGACAGAAUGCUGGAUCUGGGCUUCAUCGAUGCCGUGAAGUCCUUGAUCGGCAAGAUGCCCAAGGCUGGGCGGCGGCAGACCUGCAUGUUCAGUGCAACUUGGCCAGCAACGGUGCAUGCCCUUGCGACCAAGUUCCUGAGCGAGCCGCUGCAUGUGGGGAUCGGCUCAGUGGACGAGGGCAUGGUGGCCAAUACCUCCAUCUGCCAGCUGGUUGAGGUGAUCAGGAACGAGAAGGAGAAGCCUGCUCGGUUACUUCAGCACUUGAAGACACACUACAGUCCCAAGAAGAAGGUGAUCAUCUUUGGCUUGUACAAGAAGGAGACGGCUUGGUUGGAGAACUUUUUGUGGGAGAAAGGCUAUGAGAAGGUCAUUGCUCUGCAGGGAGACAUGUCGCAGGAAAAGAGAACUCAGGCAAUCGCAGACUUCAAAGAAACCAAGAAGACGCCACUUAUCGCCACGGACGUCGCCAGUCGAGGACUCGAUGUCCAGGAUGUUGAGCUUGUCAUCAACUACACGUUUCCGUUGACCAUCGAGGACUACGUGCACCGCAUUGGCCGCACGGGACGUGCGGGGAAGAAAGGUCUAGCAAUUUGCUUCUUCUGCCCGGAGUCCAAAGGUGCCCAGGAUGAGAAGGCACAUGCGGGUGACCUCUGCAAAGUCCUUCGCGACGCAUCCCAAGAAGUCCCCAAGGAGCUGGAGAGCAUAGCUGGCACAUCUGGUGGCAAUAAGGCUACAAAAAAGAAGGCUCAUCCUCUCUUUGGAGCGCACUUCAAGAGUGCAGAGCAGAUGGCAGCACUGGAGGCCAAGAAGGUACACACCACCUUUGAGGACUCCGAUGAUGAGUGCGUACUGGGCUUGUAUCCGCAUCUCGCAUCAUGUUCGCAGCUCUCCCAUGUGAAGCACAUCGUCGGUGUGCUGUUUGUGCUGGUCGUGGGCACCUGCACCGCCUUCCUUCCUGGAGCCGGGCACCAGGCUGGCCGCUCGCAGUCCAAUCGCGCCAGAAGCUCCCGCCAGGCCCGGCAGGCGCAGGGUAAGGAGUCGGAGGAGUAUGAUCAGUACGAUUGGCAACGCGUGUCAGGAUCUUCAAGGAAUGCCCAAGAGGUCUUGCCUGACUUGGCAGACCUGCCCGAUCUGCCAGACUUUUCCGAAGAGGAGGAUGGAUCGGAUGCUGGUGAAGGAGAGCUGAAGGCACAGGUCAAGGUGCGAGAAGUGAACUUGCCCGAUCUGCCUGGCAUUGACGACGACCUGCUUCCACCAGGGCCUAACCCGUGGUCGGAUGGGGGUCUUGGCUUCUUGGAGUGGACAGGGAUCUGGGCCGGGCUGUUGACGGUUGUUCUAGCAGUGGGCGCUGGCGGGUCCUGGAUCAUCGCCAGGUUGCAGCUGGAGCCAGAGGUUGCAGCUCAGCUGCUGGACUUCUUGAAGCCACUACUCAAUGUCUACCAGCUGCUAUUCCUUGCGAGGGUGUUGCUAGCGCAGUUUCCGAAGCUCAAUACGGCGGAGUGGCCCUAUGCAAUCUUCCACUAUCCAACAGAGUUCGUGCUGAGCCCCACGCGCAUGAUCUUGAAGCCGGAAGCGGGCGUAGAUGUGUCGCCAUUUGUUUGGCUCCUCUUUACAUCCCUCGUGGCAGAGUUGCUCACUGGGUCAUUUGGCAUCCUGCAAAUGGUGAAGGAUUCAUCACGGUCACGCCUGGGAGACGCUGUGAUGAGUAUUCGGUAG